CAUGGUGCCGCUGGGGAGGGGAGAAGCUGCCGCUGCCGCCGUUGCCGGGAGCCGCGGAGAAAGGCCGUUACCGUUCUGUUUCUCACAACUGGGCUGAGCACAACUGAACCAUGGGGGAGCACAGUCCAGACGACAACAUCAUCUUCUUUAAGGGAGAGGAAGAUGACCUAACCCCGGAUGACAAGAUGCUCAGGUUUGUGGAUGACAGCGGACUGGUGCCGUCCUCAUCAGGAACUGUUUAUGAUAGGACCACUGUUCUCAUAGAGCAGGACCCUGGCACUUUGGAGGAUGACGACGACGACGGACAGUGCGGAGAACACUUGCCUUUUCUAGUGGAAGGUGAAGAGGGCUUCCUAAUAGAUCAGGAAGCAAUGUCCCAGGGUUAUGUACAACACAUUAUCUCACCCGAUCAGAUUCAUUUGACUAUAAACCCUGGUUCCACGCCCAUGCCAAGAAACAUCGAAGGUGCGACCCUUACUCUGCAGUCGGAAUGUCCAGAAACGAAACGCAAAGAAGUCAAGCGGUACCAGUGCACCUUUGAGGGAUGCCCCCGCACCUACAGCACAGCAGGCAACCUGCGCACCCACCAGAAGACUCACCGCGGAGAGUACACCUUUGUCUGUAACCAGGAGGGCUGCGGCAAGGCCUUCCUCACCUCCUACAGCCUCAGGAUCCACGUGCGAGUGCACACAAAGGAGAAGCCAUUUGAGUGUGACGUGCAGGGCUGUGAGAAGGCGUUCAACACACUGUACAGGUUGAAAGCACAUCAGAGGCUUCACACAGGGAAAACGUUUAACUGUGAAUCUCAAGGCUGCAGCAAGUACUUCACCACACUCAGUGAUCUGCGGAAGCACAUUCGAACCCACACAGGAGAAAAGCCAUUUCGGUGUGAUCACGAUGGCUGUGGAAAAGCCUUUGCAGCAAGCCACCAUCUUAAGACUCACGUCCGUACGCACACUGGCGAAAGACCCUUCUUCUGCCCCAGUAACGGCUGUGAGAAGACCUUUAGCACUCAGUACAGCCUCAAAAGUCACAUGAAAGGUCACGAUAACAAAGGAACCGUGUACAGUGCACUUCCUCAACACAAUGGAUCAGAGGAUACAAAUCACUCACUUUAUCUGAGUGAGCUGGGCCUUCUGUCCACGGAUUCUGAACUGCAAGAAAAUUCCAGUGCAACACAGGACCAGGACCUCAGCACAAUUUCACCAGCAAUCAUCUUUGAAUCGAUGUUCCAGAACUCAGAUGACCCUGCGGUUCAGGAUGACCCUCUGCAGACAGCUGCCUUGAUCGAGAGUUUUAAUGGUGACGCAGAGUCAGUCAGUGAUGUCCCACCGCCUGCAGGAAACUCGGCGUCUUUAUCUCUUCCGCUUGUACUGCAGCCUGGCAUCUCUGAGCCACCCCAGCCUUUGCUGCCAGCCUCAGCUCCGUCCGCCCCUCCACCUGCUCCCUCCCUAGGACCUGGUUCCCAGCUGGCUGCAUUUGGCAGCCCCCCUGCUCUCUUGCAACCUCCAGAAGUGCCUGUUCCCCACAGCACACAGUUUGCUGCUAAUCAUCAAGAGUUUCUUCCACACCCCCAGGCGCCACCCCAGACCAUCGUACCAGGACUUUCUGUUGUUGCCGGGGCUCCUGCAUCAGCAGCAGUGGCAUCGGCUGUGGCAGCACCAGCCCCACCACAAAGUACUACUGAGCCCCUGCCUGCUAUGGUCCGAACUCUGCCCCUGGGUGCCAACUCUGUUCUAACUAACAAUCCUACCAUAACCAUCACCCCAACUCCCAGCACGGCAAUCCUGCAGUCCAGCCUAGUCAUGGGAGAGCAGAACUUACAGUGGAUAUUGAAUGGUGCCACCAGUUCACCACAAAACCAAGAACAAAUUCAGCAAGCAUCGAAAGUCGAGCAGGUGUACUUCACCACUGCAGUGCCAGUCGCCAGUAGCACAGGGAACUCUGUCCAGCAGAUCGGCCUCAGUGUUCCUGUGAUCAUCAUCAAGCAAGAGGAGGCCUGUCAGUGUCAGUGUGCCUGCAGGGACUCUGCCAAGGAGCGGGCAGCCGGCCAGAGAAAGGGCUGUUCUUCCCCACCCCCUCCAGAGCUGAGCCCCCAGCCUCCUGAUGGGCCCAACCUGCAGCUGCCACCCUAGACUUCUCCCUCACCCUUGCCCCCCUCAUCCUCCUCUACUGGACCCUCCUCCUGUGAGCAAAGCAGACAGGCUGAGGCUCCUCAGACCCUCCGAAGUGUUAAGUGCCAUGGACGUGUCAGAGUUCCUGUCCCUCACAGCCUGGACGCCCCGUCCAAUCCAGUUCCGAGCGAAGCCCUACUGCAGAGUAGAGGAGACGACCUGGCCAGCAGCUGCUCGGGGAACGGGCCUGUGCACGCCCCUUCAGGAACAGGGUGAGCAGGAAGUAGCGGGUGUGAUGCUGCCAUCAUGGGGUCAGAAAUUGGAAGGAUGAAGAAAUCUGCCAUCUGAAAGCCUCACCUUUCAGACAUAUUUUCUUUACUCAUAUCCCAGGAACAUCCAUUUUAAGGAACUGAUCUUUGGAGGAAAACAAAAACAAAAAAAAGAAAAAAAAAAGCUAAGUUAUAAGUGGACUGUCUGGCUGCACUGUGUGUCACUUUUGCUUAUUGUUCUGUGAACUUGGAAACUAAGGUUACGUGUGCAUAAAAGUUGUAAAUGAACGGGUGUGGUUUCCAUCAAUUUGGUGCUGCCCAUCAUUGCACUGGGGUCCUUGUGGAUGGGCAGGAAGUGCAGUGUGCUGCGUGUUGUUCCUCCCUCUCUGUCUUUUUGAAUCUGAGGUGACGUCUCUCUGGAGGGCCAGACCACUGUUCUGUGGAAGCGGGAAGUGGCAAGGGCAGGUGAGAGUUGUGAGCUAGACAGGGUGAGAUUGUUGUGUUGUUGGCGCUUUGUUUCUGUGGAGCUUGGAGGAGAUGCAGAGGGGCCUGUCCUGUAUCCUGCUCAGUCCAAGCGAGCAGCAUCAGGCCCCUGGCCAUGGUGAUGAGGUGGUUCUGCAGGGCCCUGAGGCAAUUUGACAGCUCUGUUGUUGAUCCUGGCUAGAGCUGGCUCUAGCAAAGCCAAGUCCUUGCCUUCUGGGCUCUUCCCAUUUCUCCAUGCUUGUCAGGGCUCGAAGUUUGGACUGCAUCGCUCCUAGGGAAGCGCCCUAUUUUAUCCAUAGUGAACGCAGGGCUGAUGGCCAGUGGCUUCCAGGGUCUGCCCGCUGCCUCCAGAGCAGGAGGGCUGCUUCUCCCGAGAAGGUACAGAGCUAAGGGGGUUGGAUGAAGUAGCAGGUGGUACCCAGGUCUAGCCAGGCUUUUGUUUAUCCCCUCCCAUCUCCAUCCUCACAUCUCUAGAUUUUGCAUAUAGCCUCACACAGUGCAAACAAGGAUGUGAUUUCUAAACAACAAGGAAUAAAAACGAAAAUGAUCUUCUACUCAGGGUAAAACAAAAAUUCCCUUUCCACCAAAAAGCCUGAAGCUUGCAGUCAGUUACCUCAUUUGGAAUGUUUCAUUAAGUUGUGUUCUAGGAUUUUUUAUUAGUGUAUAGAAUUGUGUCCAUCUACCUGCCUUCGGCUCCAGCUUACUGCCUCUUCAAAUAUAGUACAAUCCAUAGGAAAACGGGAGUGUCUGUCCUUCAGCUUGGAAAGCUCAGUGGCCGGGCCGGGGUCUGUAGGUCUCAGCCUCCUUUCCAGAGCAAGGUCCAGGGCCCAGACAAGAUGAGAGCUGUGUAGGUUGCCGUCCUGCAGCCCGUCAGGAUGGUGUCCUUUCAGAAGGCCCUUGUCUAGAGGCAAGAUAUUUCGGGACAACUGACCAAGAGAGUCAUGGCAGCGGUAAGGGGAAGACGGGUGCAGCCAACCAGGAAGCUUUGCGUCAGGCCCUUGAUGUUUCUUUCUGACUUCUGAGGAGAGCAGUGAGAGGGACGCCAUGGGGUUCUGGUUCGCUGGGAGCUGACAUAGGAAAGGAGCCCAGGGAGGAUGUGGGGAAGGUUGUAAUGGUUUAAAUAUGGCUUCUUGGUUAGCUCAGGCUGUACUCUUAAUGAUCCCUUCCUGGGUCACUGGCUUUUCGCUCUCCACAGUUGCGGGUAUGGAAGAAGCAUUUAAGCAGUGUUAAGGCUGACGUGUUUCCAGCUGUAAGAGUUAAGUAUUUGUCUUUGUGGGUGGCUGUAGAACAUAAGAGACUCUCAGAUCCAAAUAGCUUUUGGAAAUUGAGGGAUGUGCUUAAAAACUAGUAGUUGUGCAGGGCCAGGUGUAUUCCGCGGGCUAGCCAGCCUUCCCUGCUAGGCCGUGCCAGCUCUCCUCCCAGAAGCCCAGCCUCUAAUGCCAAGAACCCUGGCUAGACUAGAGCCAGAAAGCCCCUUCCUGGAGAGUGGUUUCUCAGGGGAAUGAACUUAGGGUAAGGCUUAACAGUGGAUUCUGGCAGGUGGAGGUAAGCCUUUUUUUCCUCUCAUGGCAGCCUUCACCAUUGUCACCCUGUAGAGCACACCUGGGCUACCACUAGCAUCUCCAGUUUAGCCCCUUCCAAGACACUAGUCCACAACAAGGGUGGAGAGUGGACCUGGUGGAUUUAAGAGGUAGUCAGGUAAUCUUGGUCCUGCCAAACUGCCUUAUAAAUGUGGUCCUUCCCAGACUGGAGGGCAAGGCUGAGCCAAGGUGGCUCAGUCUCCUUGACAGGGUCUGGCCAACCUCCUGGGGCAGCACUAGUUUGGUGACUGAAGUUGUGCCAUUUAUUGGCUUACUCCAGUUUAGAAGAUCAUUGGUACAGCGCUAAGGAGAGGCCUUGAGAUGUGGGGACCUCUCUAGGUAGAAGGCAAGGGGGCUUCCCUUCGCUUCCAGAGAGUCAAUACAUGGGAAAAGGUGGUUUUCCAAGUCAGGGCAGUGGACUGAUGGGGUAAUGGAGGUAGAUGAGGUUUUCCUGAGGCUUUGUAUGAUGCUGAAUGUGUCCAGAAGGACAAAUUUGCAGAACCUCAUAUUGGUAUAUUAAAGAAAUAAUAAAAUAAAAAGCACUUUAGGUUACUAAUUGCUGCAAUUUCUGUUGUGUAUGUGUGUGUGUGUGUGUAUAUAUAUAUAUAUAUAUAUAUAUAUAUAUAUAUA